UUAAAAACUAGUAUUUUCCAUCAAUAGGUUGCGCUGACGUUCAUUCGACCUUGAGAAAGAGUCGGCAGGUUCGUCAAAUUAAUAAGCGGGCGUCAAAGGAAGGCUUCAGGCUUCAGGCUUGAACUAUACAGCCAUAAAUGAGUAUUCUGGCCUUGAACGUAAGGAAGACUUCAGUUCCGUUUCUUCCUUUCAUCAACUGGCAGCUAACGUUUCAGCGUGGAAAGAAAAUGGCAGCAUGUAAACUAACUGAUGAAGAAAGAACUACAUUUUUGAAUCCUUUACAUGAUGCUGGUUGGACUUUGGUUAGCAACAGGGAUGCUAUUUACAAAGAAUUUGUUUGUCAAGACUUCAAUCAGGCAUGGGGGUUUAUGUCAAAGGUAGCACUACAAGCUGAAAAAAUGGACCAUCAUCCUGAGUGGUUUAAUGUUUAUAACAAAGUCCAAAUUACUCUUUCAACACAUGAUGUUAAUGGGCUUAGCCAAAGAGAUGUGAAACUUGCCAAUUUUAUUGAAAAAGUCAAAUCAACUUAAUGCAACAUACUCUUACAAGAUUAUCUGAUUUCACAAAAAUCACUUGAUGUUAUUCUUCAUAAAUUCUUAGUCUGCAUAGUGGUUUCUUCAUGCUGUUUAUUAAUCACACUUGUCUUACUGUUGGUAAUGGUAUGUAACAGAUUAAAAUAAAUAAAUGUGUAAACUCAA